UGUUUUCUUUAGGCUUUUUUCUGACACUGUGACAGUGAAUCUUAAAGGUUUUUUGUGAAACGCGACUGCCAAGUCAAUUCAUCACUUUCACUUUCCUGGGGAUGUUAGCCUGCCUUCGUUCGAUAGCUCGGUCAAGACCGACUUUUCGUGGUGCUUUCGCCGCUCUCUCCUCCUCUGCACCCAGUUCACCUGAUACUGGGUCUCUUGAACUGCAGGAAUUAGGUCAAACACUCAUUGAGGGAGAGUCCGGAACCACUACUUAUAUACCCAAUUCAAAUUCACCCUAUCGUGCUUUCGUGCCAAACCAGUUCAUUCAGCCUCAUAGACUUGCUUAUAAAUCGGUGGUCAAACAACGCGGUCGUCCACCGACAAGAGCCCAAGUCGGUCCAUCGAGAAGAGAAGCUCAAUACAAGGAUCCUUUCUAUCGUCUCGGCGUGGACCCACUCAAGCAGGCCAUGAAUCCGGCAAUGCUCCUCCCUUUCAUAUCCGAAAUGGGCAAAGUAUAUGGUCGGAAUGUUACCGGUCUCACAAAGAAGAAUCAGCGCAGGGUGGGGAAAGCAAUUCGUAGAGCCAAAAUGAUGGGAAUCAUUCCGAUUCUCAGCAAACGCAAUAUCUUCCAGCUAUCUCAUUCGAAUAUUAGUAAAAAAUAAACUCCAAUAUACAUAUCUGUAAAAUCUGGUCAAGGUUUGGUCGAAUCAUGAGCUCUUGGUCAAUUUAGGUUAAUGCGUUGAUUCUGGACUUUACCGAAGCUAAUUGGAGAAUGCUUACACCCAAUCUUAGUCCCAAUAUUCUUCAUUGACGUGCCAGGGUAUAUUUUGUACCUACAUAAAAAGCUGAAAAGGCCGAAUGCAGUACAUAUGAAUAUAUAGGUUAGAUACGAUAACGAACCCAAGUCCUUUUCGUAACGACUUCUCAUGACUUUCGCUAUCUUUGUUGGCGUACCUUUACACUUCUCACCGCCGGUCCCCGGAUGGAAGGGAAGAGAAAGGAGUUUGAAAAGCAAUUGACCGCCUUGCUUGCAAGGUCUAUUCUACCCUGAGAUUGGAUGAGUUCAAUGUG